UAGCCUAUAUCUUCGCAGCUGUCCCUUAGUCUGUGACUGCAGUGUCAGGAAUAACGGCACUUGGCAGUUGACUGAAAUACUCAGUUUCAUUUCAGACAGACCUGUACUGGUGGUGGCUGCCUCUCCAGCUCCUCUGUCUCUCUAUGUUUCUGAAUCUUUCACUCUUUGGGUUACUGUGGUAAACCAGAAAACAUCUGCAGAGCUGUCCAUUCCACUGAGUUUCCAGGCCUCUUUAAACAGUAGGGCCAUUGAUUCAAGCCUAGCAGUAGCUGGGUGCAAUAUAUUGAAGAUCCAGGCCCCUGAAGUCCCCAAAAGGCUGUUAGAAUUUUCUACGUUGUAAUCAUCCCCUGCCCUGGCUCAUGACUACUGCAUCAUCAUCAUGGCAUUUUCAUCACGCUUUGCAUUCUGGGAGCAAAAGGUUAAAGAGGAAGACAAACCAGGUGCGAAGAAUAAGAAAGAGCAGGAAAGUUCUGACAGUAAAAAUGGUAUGACUGACCGCUCUUCUGCACUUAAAAGCCCUGAGCCACCUAAAAUACCAUUCCGUGUUAAAAGUCCAGAACUGCAGAGGGAGAAUCUGAAAAGUCCUGAGCCCUCAAGGUUUCAGGGCUCCUUUACGAAUUCUGAGGAUUUGUCUUCCUUCAAUAAUUCUGAUCCAUCUGAUAUAUGUUCUAAAUCAGUGCAGAGGGCAGAAGCGACUUUUUUGAAUGGUGAAAGCAAAUUGUCACUUGAGAAAGCUAACACCCCAGUAAAUGGCUCUGAGAAAGCAUUCAGCAGCAAACAGGACAUGUCCGAGGACCAAAGCUCAACCAGAAAAAAGGUGGUCAAGGUGGUCCGCAAUGUGGUCCGCAAAGUGAUUCCUGUAGAGGAGCCAACAUCUGCCUUAAAUAAUUGUGUUAAGGGGCAAGACUCUAUCCAGAGAUCAGACAGUAGUCCCUUAAGUGAAGUGAAAGUGGCACAAGAACUACCUAAGCCAAAACCCAGACAAGGCCGACCAUCCUCCUUCAUUUUCAAGCAUGACACAAUUAAGAAGGAACCAUUAAAAGAUGAUCUUGCAACUGGCCUUUCUAGUUUGAUGGCUCGGGGAAGAACAAAAGAACACCGAACACGAUUCAGGAGAUCUGAGAAGAAAGAGGAGCUGGGACUUGCCUCUCCAGAGCCACAGGACCAUGAACAACAAAUAGUACUUGAUGAAAAACCUGAAUUGUCCCCUGCUGCAGAGCAAGAUGAGCCUUCAAGCAUGGAUCCAGCUGAGACAGAGGAUAUGUCUCUGUCAGAACCAAUGCCAUUGCCUCCAGAAACUGAUUUGAAGCUAAAGGAGAAUAACCUUCCCCAGGAGUCUGUGGCCCCAGAUCUAGGCACGAAGCAGCUGAUCUUGAACAAGUCUGAUGAGAGGCCCAUUCCUUCUGUGCUUCAGGUUGCCCAGCUCACCCCAGGAGAGGAGGCUGAGAGACGACUUGAGAGGAUCUUCACAAGUUCUCAGCUGGCGUCAGUGUCCUAUGCCUCUUCCAAGAAUCAGGGUAAGGUCGAUGAGGUCCCGGCAACCAUCCUGCAGACCUUGCCAGCCACAACUGCUUCACAUCAGGUAAAAACAGAGGAGCAGAUUGCUGCUGAACAAGCUUGGUAUGGAACAGACAAAGUGUGGCUGGUCCACAAAGAAGGAUUCUCUCUAGCAACUCUUUUGAAGGCAGAUAAUUAUAGUCUUCCUGAAGGUAAAGUGAAAAUAAAACUGGAACAUGAUGGAACAAUACUGGAUGUUGAUGAAGAUGAUGUUGAAAAGGCUAAUCCUCCAUCUUUUGACCGUGUGGAAGAUCUGGCUUCUUUGUUGUAUCUCAAUGAAUCCAGUGUCCUGCAUACCCUUCGUCAACGCUAUGGCGGAAACCUGAUCCAUAAUUAUGCUGGUCCUAACAUGGUCAUCAUCAACCCUCUGAGUUCUCCUUCUAUGUAUUCAGAAAAGGUGAUGCAUAUGUUCAAAGGGUGUCGUCGGGAAGAUUCUUCUCCACACAUUUAUGCUGUUGCACAGGCUGCAUACCGUAAUGUCCUGACAACCCGGCAAGAUCAGUCCAUCUUACUUCUGGGAAAAAGUGGUAGUGGGAAGACUACAAACUGCCAGCAUUUACUACAGUAUUUGGUAUCCAUUGCAGGCAGCACUGGCAAGAUCUUCUCAGCAGAGAAAUGGCAGGCUGUCUACACAAUCUUGGAGGCUUUUGGAAACUGUUGUACAAUGAUGAACUCAAAUGCUAGCCGCUUUUCUCAGAUUGUUUCGCUGGACUUUGACCAAGCUGGUCAGAUAGCUUCAGCUUCUGUACAGACAAUGUUGCUAGAAAAAUUACGAGUAACAAGGCGUCCUGAAAUGGAAACAACUUUCAAUGUUUUCUACUACUUAAUGGCUGGAGCAGAUAGUUCUCUCAGGACUGAAUUGCACUUUAGCCAUUUUGCAGAGAACAACUCUUUUGGCAUAAAUCCAUUGUCUAAGGCUGAAGAUAAACAAAAAGCUUCCCAGCAGUUCACUAAACUACAGGCUGCUAUGAAGGUACUAGGAAUUUCAUUAGAGGAGCAGAAAGCCUUUUGGCUGAUCCUUGCAGCCAUUUGCCACUUGGGUGCUGCUGGAGCGACUAAAGAAGCAGAUGAAGCUGGUAGGAGGCAAUUUGCACGUCACGAAUGGGCUCAAAAGGCUGCAUAUCUUCUUGGCUGCACUCUUGAGGAACUGUCUUCAGCCAUCUUCAAACUCCAGCUUAAAGGAACCAUGCAACGGUCCACCUCUUUUCGCCAGGGACCAGAUGACAUUGGGCAAGGAGAUGGCUCAGGACCAAAAAUAACAGCUAUAGAGUGUCUGGAGGCAAUGGCAUCAAGCUUAUAUUCUGAGCUAUUCACUAUACUUAUUGCACUCAUUAACAGGUCUCUUAAGUCCAAUCAGCAUUCACUGUGCUCCAUCAUGGUAGUAGAUACCCCUGGUUUUCAAAAUCCUAGGAAUGCAAAAGCAAACCGGGGAGCAACAUUUGAAGAGUUGUGCCACAACUAUGCACAAGAACGCCUACAGGCUUUAUUUCAUGAUCGUACCUUUGUUCAAGAGCUAGAACGAUACAAAGAGGAAAAUAUAGAGCUUUCAUUAGAUGACAUAGAAUCCACUGCAUCUGUAUCUGUAGCAGCUGUAGACAAGGCCUCGCAUCAGGCUCUGGUAAGGACUCUUUCAAGAACUGAUGAAGCCCGUGGACUCCUUUGGCUUAUGGAAGAAGAAGUCUUACAGCCUGGAGGAAAUGAGGAAACACUGCUAGAGAAGCUGUUUACCUACUAUGCACCACAAGGGGGCGAUAAUAAAGGUCAGACUGCACUCCUCAAGAGUGACCAGCCUUUCCACUUCAUCCUGGGACACAGUUAUGGCACAGACUGGGUGGAGUAUGAUGCCAAAGGAUGGCUUAACUAUGCCAAACAAAUCCCAGUCUCUCAAAAUGCAGCUGCCCUGCUGCAAGACUCUCAGAAGAAGAACAUCAGUAGCUUGUUUAUGGGCCGUACAGGAGCAGCCACUGUUCUUUCUGGAUCCAUUGCAGGUUUAGAAGGUGGCUCUCAGCUGGCUUUGAGAAGAGCAACAAGUAUGAGAAAAACUUUCACCACUGGUGUUGCUGCUGUCAAGAAGAAAUCACUGUGCAUUCAGAUAAAAUUGCAAGUGGAUGCAUUAAUAGACACUGUGAAGAAGUCUAGGCUGCACUUUGUGCACUGUUUACUUCCCAAGUCUGAUGCCCUUAAUGCAGAUAUUAGAGUGCCUACUGGCCCAUCUCCAAAAGGUGGAGAGGGGGAGGCAUGUGAUUCUGGACUAAUGCAACUGGAUGUGCCUCUGCUCAGAGCGCAACUGAGAGGAUCGAAACUUCUUGAUGCUCUCCGCAUAUAUCGUCAAGGUUAUCCUGAUAACAUGGUAUUCUCUGAGUUCCGCCGUAGAUUUGAUGUUUUGACUCCACAUUUGACCAAAAAGCAUGGUCGCAACUACAUUGUAACAGAUGAAAAGCGGGCUGUGGAGGAGCUGUUGGAGUCUUUGGAUUUAGAAAGUAGCAGCUACCACAUGGGAGUGAGUAGGGUCUUUUUUAGGGGUGGCACCUUAGCUAAAUUGGAAGAACAGAGAGACAAUCAAACUAGAAGGAAUAUCAGUCUUUUUCAGGCUGCAUGCAGGGGUUAUCUUGCCCGACAGGCCUUCAAGAAGCGAAAGAUACAAGAUCUUGCUAUACGCUGCAUCCAGAAGAACAUUAAGAAAAAUAAAGGAGUUAAGGAUUGGCCUUGGUGGAAGCUGUUUACUACUGUAAGGCCACUUAUUGAGGUCCAGCUCACUGAGGAACAGAUUAAAGAAAAAGAUGAAGAAAUUCUGCAGCUGCGCACCAAGUUAGAAAAAGUAGAAAAGGACAGGAAUGAGCUACGCUUGAGCAAUGAUCGGCUAGAGAGUAAGAUCACAGAGCUCUCUUCUGAACUUGCUGAUGAGAGGAAUGCAGGUGAAGCAGCAUCACAACUCCUAGAGUCUGAAACAUCAGAGAGACUGCGGCUUGAGAAAGAAAUGAAAGAACUCCAGAUGAAGUUUGAUAGCAUGAAGAAGCAGAUGGACUCUAUGGAAAUGGAAGUAAUGGAAUCAAGACUGAUUAGAGCUGCAGAUCUCAAUGGUGAACUGGAUGAUGACGACUCUGGUGGAGAAUGGAAGCUGAAAUAUGACAGGGCAAUGCGAGAGAUUGACUUCACAAAGAAGAGACUACAGCAGGAGUUUGAGGAUAAGAUGGAAGUAGAACAGCAGACUAAGAGACAGCUUGAAAGGAGGCUGACUGAUUUGCAAGCAGACAAUGAGGAGAAUCAACGAUUGGUGCAACAGUUAAAGAAAAAAUGCCAGAGACUGACAUCUGAACUUCAAGAUACUAAACUGCACCUAGAAGGUCAACAGGGUCGAAACCAUGAACUUGAAAAGAAGCAAAGAAAGUUUGAUACUGAACUGUCUCAGGCUCAGACAGAAGCUCAACGAGAGAAACUCCAAAGAGAGAAGUUAAACAGAGAGAAGGAUGCACUUACUGGGGACGUGUUUAGCUUGAAGCAGCUUCUAGAGGAUAAAGAUUCAGAGAUUAAUGCUCUUAAUCAGAAAGUGGAGCAGCUUGAUGCAGAGCUUCAAGACCUCUCUUCUCAGGAGUCCAAAGAUGAAGCAUCCCUUGCCAAAGUCAAAAAACAGCUACGUGACCUUGAAGCUAAGGUUAAAGAUCAAGAGGAAGAGCUUGAUGAGCAGGCAGGAACCAUCCAGAUGCUAGAGCAGGCAAAGCUGCGGUUAGAAAUGGAGAUGGAGCGGUUGAGACAAACUCACUCCAAGGAGAUAGAGAGCAAGGAUGAGGAGGUUGAAGAGGUCCGUCAAUCAUGCCAGAAGAAGUUGAAACAAAUGGAAGUUCAGCUUGAGGAAGAAUAUGAAGAUAAACAGAAGGUCCUUCGUGAAAAGAGAGAGUUGGAAAACAAGUUGUCAGCUGUUAGUGACCAGGUCACACACCAUGACUUGGAGACAGAGAAACGAUUGCGAAAGGAUCUGAAGCGUACCAAAGCACUGCUGGCUGAUGCUCAAAUAAUGCUUGAUCACCUGAAGAACAAUGCACCCAGCAAACGGGAAAUUGCACAACUUAAAAAUCAGUUGGAAGAAUCGGAAUUCACAUGUGCUGCAGCAGUCAAAGCUCGAAAAUCCAUGGAAGUAGAAAUUGAAGACCUUCACAUACAAAUGGAUGACAUCUUGAAGAGCAAGUCUGCACUGGAAGAACAGGUCAGUCGUCUUCAGCGUGAGAAGAACGAACUUCAGUCUCGUCUUGAGGAAGACCAAGAAGACAUGAAUGAGCUUAUGAAGAAGCAUAAGGCCAGUGUUGCACAGUCUUCAAGAGACCUGGCACAAAUUAGUGACUUGCAAGGUCAACUGGAAGAACUCAACAAAGAAAAACAGGAGAUGCAAGAAAAGUUGCAAGCCAUUCAGAGUCAACUUGAGUUUAUGCAGCAGUCUAUGGUGGAAAAGACUGUUGUUAGUCGCCAGGAGGCCAAGAAUCGAGAGCUGGAAACCAAAUUGGAAUUUGAAAGGACGCAGAUUAAACGCCUUGAGAGUCUAGUGAGUCGCCUGAAGGAGACAAUAGAAAAGCUGACAGAAGAGCGAGACCAACAUGUUGCUGCCGAAACUCGAGAGAAGGAGCAGAACAAGCGACUUCAAAGGCAGAUCCGUGACAUCAAAGAGGAGACUGGAGAGCUUGCCAAAAAAGAAGCUGAGGCUAGCCGCAAGAAACAUGAGUUGGAAAUGGAUAUUGAGAGUUUAGAAGCAGCCAAUCAGAGCCUGCAGGCAGACUUGAAACUUGCCUUUAAAAGAAUUGGGGACCUGCAAGCAGCAAUUGAAGAUGAAAUGGAAAGUGAUGACAAUGAUGAUCUUAUUAACAGUUUACAAGACAUGGUGACAAAGUAUCAGAAAAGAAAGAAUAAAACUGAGGAUGAUUCAGAGACAGAUUCUGAAGUGGAGGACCGUGUUGAUGGAGUCAAGUCCUGGCUGUCAAAAAACAAAGGCUCUUCAAAAACUCUUUCUGAUGAUGGCAGUUUGAAAGGUUCAAGAUUUGCUGCAAAUACUGAUGCAAAAGAUGCAAAAGAGUGGAAGAUUGGUAAAGAAGUAAAAGAGAGCUGUAAGGAUGGUAAAGAGGUGGAGGACUCCAGGCCUGUUUCAGUCAUGAGUUCUCUAAGUUAUAGGAAGCGCUCAAAUCUUAAAGAUUCUAUUGGUGGCACAGGAGAUGAAAACUCCCUGUUUACUACUUUGAAAGAGAGAUCAGAUUCACCUGAUAGGUCUUUCCGAAAAACAAAGAGAAAUUCCGAUAACCCAGAAGACACGUACUCAAAUAACUGGAAAAAGUGCCAACCUAGUGAUGACCUAGAUGAUUCUGGAUCCAUUAUAUCUCAGGCUUACUCUGAAGCCACUAGCAGAGCUCGAAAAGGUUUAGAUCGUAGAUGGUCUAUUGUUAGCCCUGAUUUUGAUAAAGAGUCUACACUUUCUGUUCCAGUCAGUCGUGCUUCUACUAGAAGAGGAUUGGAUAUUGAAGAUGAUGUUAAGUCCACAACCAGUUUUGCACUUUCUGGUUCUGUUAGUUUGAGACAAAGUCUUUCCCGACUGGAUGACGGUCGUAGUGAGACCAUUGGAUCAUCCAGUCCUGCCCUUAGUCGUAGAUCAGAGUGGAGUCCUCCUGCUGGAGGACGAAGUGACUCAAAAUUUUCCCUUUCAAGGAGCAGAGUAAAUGAAUUUGAUAAUGAUGCAGCAAGUGUAGCAUUCAGUGAAACUAGAUCCACAUCCUAUAGCCCUCAUUCUCUAGGCCGUAGUUUUUCAGUACCUCCAAGAUCCAGAAUCUCACCUUCUGAUGAGACUUACACUGACAUUAAAGAUAUCAAGCCUGUUGUACAUAAGAACUAUCUAGAUGCAGAUCUGGAAGCUGCAAUUAAUGAGGUCCUCAGCUACAAACCUAUCAAAUUCAAAAGGAAGAGCUUGGAAGCAGAUUCUCAAGAGGAUAAUGAUGAUGAAGAUGAUAAAAAAAGUGUACACAGUAUGAAGAAUGUACUUGUAGAUGAUGAGGGACGUUGCUCCACAAAUCUAAGAAGGUCUGCUUCUGCCAUGGACUUCUCAAGGCCAAUUAGUAGCUGUAGCAACAGAAGUAGCCGGAGCAGCAGGAAGUCCAAAAAGAAGAGAAGCAAAAGUUCUGAGUCUGAAAAUUCAUCCGAGGAUAACCACAAGAAUAAAAAGAAGGGCUCCAAAAAAAAGUCAAAGAAGAAGUCACGAAGAAAAGAUGUUUGUUCUGAUUCGUCCUCUGAGUCUUCCUCCUCUUCUUCCUCUUCAUCAUCUUCUGGAGGAUCUACCAUUUCAUAUAGAAGUUCAAGUAGCAUUAAAAAAGGUCCUCGAAAGCAAGCCAUGGUCUCGGAGGAGGACAGCCUCCAGCCUAGCAGAACAACAGAAGAAGGUCACAAGUCUAAAAAGGAGGAGAAGAAACGUAAAAAGGAAGUGGACAGCCUGAUGAUGAAAUACCUGUAUAGGCCUGAGAGUGAUUAGAGGAUGCACCCCCCAUCAUAUCGCAGACAUUUUUCCAUUGACAAAUCAGAUGAUGAUGAUGCUGAGAAUGAUGCACCCCACAGCACCUACAAGUUCAA